CCCCCCAAAACUCUCUUCUUCCCCAAUUCAAUCCCAAUUCUAGGGUUUUACAAAUUCCCCCAAAUAUGCUCAAAACAAUGAAACCUUCAGCUCUACCCAAGUCCGCGUUCAAGCACACCCACAGGCCCGAAUCCAACAUCGCCACCAUCGACGUCGGCGGCCAGCUCUUCCAAACCACCAAGCAAACCCUAACCCUAGCCGGCCCGGACUCCCUCCUCUCCAAAAUCUCCGACUCCGCCGCCGCCCACCUCCCUCCUCCCUUCAUCGACCGCGACCCGGAGCUCUUCUCCAUCCUCCUCUCCCUCCUCCGCACCGGAAAUCUCCCCUCCAAGGCCAAAUCUUUAGACCUCCAGGACCUAAUUUCCGAGUCCCAAUUCUACGGCAUCGAAACCCUAAUCAUCAAUUCCCUCUCCAACCCUUCCCAUUUCGACGCCUUCAACCUCGAAAGGUCCCUCACCUUGCCCCUCAACGGCCGCGACUCGCCCGCCGUCGUCGCCACCACGCCGUCCGGCUCCGUCCACGUCGCCCACGGCAGCAAGAUCACGUCUUUCGAUUGGUCGCUGCGGAAGAAGUCGACGAUUCUGACGGAAUUCUCCGCCGUGGACUCGAUGCUGGCGAUCUCGACCAAGCUCGCCGCCGUCGGGGCCACCGACUUCUCGGGGCUCCAGAUUGUGGACCUCGAAAACGGGUCGGUGAGGGAGACGCUGAGCUGGGAGAAUGUGACGCGGUCCGGGUCGACGGUGCAGGCGAUCGGGUCGUCGCAGGAGUCUCUGUUUGUGAGCUUCGAAUCCGGUAGACGAAACUCGAAUUCGAUUAUGAUAUAUGACUCGAGUACAUUGAGCCCUGUUAGUGAGAUUGGGCAUUAUGAGAUUUUCGGUGCCGAGAUUAACUCAGCAUUGCCGGCUACCAAGUUGAAAUGGGUGCCGGGUUAUAAUCUGUUGAUGGCUUCCGGGUCGCAUAGUGGGCCGUCUGGAGUGUCUGGUAAUGUUAAGUUUUGGGAUGUAAGGUCUGGGAAUGUGGUGUGGGAGGUACAGGAGAAAGUCGAUUGCUUUUCGGAUGUAACCGUUUCGGAUGAGUUGUCAGCAAUGUUUAAGAUUGGUGUGAAUUCCGGGGAGGUGUUCUAUGCGGAUAUGAGGAGUUUAGGUGUGGAGCAGCCUUGGGUUUGUCUCGGAGAUAAGAGGAGGAUGGUUAGUGGGAAGAAGGAGGGUGUUGGGUGCAAGAUUGAGAGCCAUGGGAGCCAAGUGUUUUGUAGCAAGGGUGGGGAUUUGGAGUUGUGGUCAGAGGUCGCGGUGGGUUCUAAGAAGAGGAGUGAGGGCGGGUUGGAAGCGAGGCACUUUCGGAAGAAUGUGAUGGGGAGAAUGAAGGAUAUGGGAGGUUCCAGGAUAACCAACUUGACUUUUGGAGGGAACAAGAUGUUCAUGACAAGGAACGACCAGCAAUAUGUUGAGGUUUGGCAGAAUUCUGCUAGAGGAUAUUGAUCCCAAAAGGGUUAUAGUGCAAUUGGUAGAGGGGAAUGAUAUUAUUGAUCUUAGUUGAGAAAAUCAGUCAAUUCUUUUGUAAUAUAAUGUGUCAGCUAGCUUGAUUUGUUUGUAAAUCAUAUUGUAGCUUCAUUCUUUUGUGCUCUGAUGUCCAGUUAUCAAUUGUUUAUAAAUGAUUUAUUGAAUGAAUUCAAUGAGAUGAAGUUGUGUCA